AUGUUUAGAUCAAUAACAAGAUCGUAUUACAGAGGAGCAGCAGGUGCAUUACUGGUUUAUGAUAUAACAAGGAGAGAAACAUUUGAUCACUUGGCUAGUUGGUUAGAAGAUGCAAGGCAACAUGCAGAUUCAAAUAUCACCAUUAUGUUAAUCGGUAACAAGUCCGACCUAACUAAGAAGCGCGUUGUAAGUACUGAAGAAGGCGAGCAAUUUGCGAAGGAGAAUGGUUUGAUCUUCAUGGAGGUUUCGGCGAAAAAUGCAGAAAAUGUUGAAGAUGCAUUCAUAAAAACAGCUGAAGCAAUAUAUAAAAAGAUUAAACAUGGAGAAAUCGAUAUGUUGAAUGAAACUCAUGGAAUCAAAAUUGGAUAUGGUGAACCAUUAAUGGGUAGGGUCCCUUCUGUUUUUGGUGGAAGCUGCUGCACUUGA